CAGCUUUAUCGUCUUCUCUCUCCUCUUCACAACAAACCAAUGUGCAGUUGACGUCCAUGUUUGUUGUCAGUCGGGGACCGAUAUAAAACAAUCGGAGAGAUAUUCACCCCCAGCAAACUGCAGCGCCGUCCUACGGCGAGGAGUGGUACUGCAACUGGUUAACACGGUGAGGACAUAUGAGUGUAGCGCCACCUACAGAGUCUGGAGUAGGAGGAGGAGAAACUCAUCCAGCUCCAGCCAUCGCCCCCCCAGGAGAAGACCCUCUUUGGUCAUGGACUUCCCGGGCCACUUCGACCAGGUCUUCCAGCAGCUGAACUACCAGCGGGUUCACAGCCAGCUGUGUGACUGUGUCAUUGUGGUGGGCAGCCGCCAUUUUAAGGCCCACCGCUCGGUGCUGGCGGCUUGCAGCACUCACUUCAGAGCCCUGUUUACGGUCGCCCAGGGAGACGCCAGCAUGAACAUGAUACAACUGGACAGCGAGGUGGUGACAGCGGAGGCGUUUGCUGCCCUGGUGGACAUGAUGUACACCUCCACCCUGAUGCUAGGAGAGAGCAACGUGAUGGACGUGCUGCUAGCUGCCUCUCACCUCCACCUGAACGCCGUAGUCAAGGCCUGUAAGCACUACCUGACCACCGCACCAUGCCCAUGUCCCCGCCGGCAGACCACCGGGCCACACAACACCGCCAGCACCAACACACCCACGCAGAACAGCAGAGACACAGGCAGCAGCAGGCAGCCGCCGAGUUAGCCGCUAAC